AUGAUUAUAAGUCGAAAGAUCAUUAAAUUUAUAAAGAUAGAGUGGGCUAGUCUUGUUGAGAGCGAUGAUGUCGACAUGUCCAUUGACAUCGGCAUUUCUGAGUUGUCCCUGUUGGAUUCGGCCGGGACAUUGUCACACAAGGGUGUUCAGCGAGAGAGCCUAACAGUCACGUCACACCGGGUAAGAACCGGAACACUGGCCAUGGAUUAUAUCGAUUACCUACUAGCUACUGGACGAUUCGAUUCCGGUCCGGACGUCGUCCAUGGAUCCAAAUUUAAGGCCCCUACACUAGAAGAUCUUGUUACCCAAAUACCUUCUUUCAAUUGA